AUCCCAAGCUGCUAUUCGUGUUCCCACCUGUAGAGUAUCGAGGAGUCAAAACAAAAAAAUCUUCUGGAAAGUCCUCCUGAUAUCAAACCGCAAAGCUAACUAGCCAGAGCACUUAGCCAUCGAUAAGGUUUUCAAAGUUGUCUCCAAGUUGUGUCUUUAAAGUAACUUUAGUCAUUACAAAGUCAUAAGUUCGGUACAUUUCAAUAUGGAUAACUCCCUAAAGUUCUGCUCUUUCUACAACUUGUUUUGGUCCGUUUUCGUGGCAUAGUUGGAAAGCUAACGCUGUUAGCCCAGCAUUAGUGUCUCUGGACAAAAAGCCUGGCCUUGUUUGAGCCUUUUUGGGACGGCAGAGGUUUGUAGCUUUCACUGCUUGUAAUGGGCCUUAUCUGCCUUUCUUCUGUAUGCCGUACUUUUACAUUAAAAGUUAUUUUAAUUCAGGAAAACAGCCGAAAAAAUUUCAGUCCUGUGAGCUACGGUUAACUCCCACGUCCAUAACAGAAAGCAUCCAUCUUUCCAGGCUUCAGUGUCACGUUUUGUGCUUGUUACACUCCGGAUUGCUGAAUUUUGUCAUUCUUUUGCGCAGGUUUGUCGGAAAACAACGCCCUCAAAAUGUCUAUCCUAGGACUGAAGAAGAAACAGCCAAAGACUUUUAAAGUCAAAGUUAUUACCAUGGAUGCUGAGAUGGAGUUCAGCUGUGAGGUAUUAACAUUUUAAAGUUUACAUAUGAGACUGAAGAGUGGUUCAGUACCAUAUGUUGCAUGUACGACCAUGUCUGACUCCCAUUUGUUCAGCUGACCCCAUAAUCUUGCAGAAUUUUUUUUUUUGCAAAACAGUGGCAUACUUUUCAGAUUCUGUGUUUUGCUGUCACAGUAAUAAGAAAAGAGCUAUGCAGAUUUUGUUAGGUCAGCCUUGCAAUGUGACAAUCUUCUACAAAUACCACAUAACAGAUGCCAUUCAGUUGCCUUAAAAAUGCAGUAAUGAAAUACUUGGCUGAAAUGCCUUGAACCUCAUUUUGUUAACAUUAAGGCCAGACAUGGUAUCUUAAAUAACACUUUUGAGGCAUACAACAAAAUGUGUCUCUUUAUGUUUUCAUCAUUCUAAAUAUUAUGUAUGUCAGUGUAGUAUCUGUUUUCAUCAUCUUAAUAUCGUGUCUCUUCACUGUUUGUGGAUUUGCUCAGGUGAAGUGGAAAGGCAAAGACCUGUUUGACCUGGUGUGUCGCACUGUUGGGCUGAGGGAGACCUGGUUUUUUGGACUCAGGUACACAGUGAAGGACACCUACGCUUGGCUGAAACCAGAAAAACGAGUGAGUGAAGACCUGAAUCUAUGACUGUAUUCCAGACACUGUGACGAAUUUACUUAUGCAGUGCAGAUUAUUUGUAUUUGUUUGCAACAUUUGAAAGUGAAGCUAAUUUGGAUUGAAGGGACAGCAACAAAAUAUAAUUGCUUUACUUUGAGAGACACUGCAUUGGCAUGGUAUCAGUAUCAGCCAGAAACAUUCGCCCUGAAAAUAGGCAUAACGUGCUGAAUAGAAGUAUUUUGAAGUGAUGUAAACAAACUGUAAAAAGGCUUUUCGCAGUCUAUUUCCAACACAAAGAAUACUUAAAUCAGUUAUUCAGUAAAUCUUUAUAUCCAAUAAUCAUUUAUAUCUGAAAGGCCUGAAUGAUCAAAUGUUCCUAACUUUUGUCUGCUAAAUAACUUAUUUAUGAGCUAUAAUUUCAGCAUUGUUUCUAGUCUGGUCAAAAAAACACACUUUCCCUCUGACUGGUCUUUUAUAUCAUCAAGGUCUUGGAUCAAGAGGUUCCCAAGGACUCGCCGAUAACGUUUCACUUCCUAGCGAAAUUCUUCCCAGAGAAGGUAGAAGAGGAGCUGGUCCAGGAAAUAACUCAACACCUCUUCUUCUUACAGGUAAUUCAGCCGAUAACCCUUCUUCUCAGGCUUGUAUGCUCUUAUCUAGAAGCACACUUUUGUUGAGAUCUGGGUGACAGAUUUACAUUUCACAUAUGGUCUAAAUUUAUGAGAAAACUGAUAAAAACUUCCACUAAGUUCAGCCAUAUUUACAAACUCUCUUGCAGGUGAAAAAGCAGAUCUUAGAUGAGGAGAUAUUCUGUUCCCCUGAAGCAUCUGUUCUGUUGGCAUCGUAUGCGGUCCAAGCCAAGGUGAGCGAGUCCUUUCAUUAUAUGCUGCACCUGCAGUAAGCUCAUCUUGGCUGUAUGUAUAAAGCAUUGUGAAUAUUUUAUUCUGAGUUAGACUUGGCUUUCAGUUCUUGAAACAUAAAAAAUUAAAAACCCUUUUUUCUUUCCAUCAUCUGUCUUUUUAAAAAAAAUCAUUCUCCUUCAUUUCCAACUGUCUCCCCUCGGUCUCACUCACAGUACGGGGACUAUGACCCAAAUUUCCACAAGCCAGGUUUCUUGGCACAAGAUGAGCUCUUGCCAAAAAGAGUGAGUUCACGUUCCUAUUUUUGCUGCACAUUUUACUUUAUAAUGAAGUUGCAUAAGCGGGCCGCUGACUUGUUUAAUUUUCCCUUAAUUGUUUGUUUACUGAUGUUUGAAUGUGCACUUAUUGUAUGUAAUCUAUUACCCAUGAAUCCUAUAUCUGUCUCCCAGGUUUUAAUGCAGUACCAAAUGACAGCUGACAUGUGGGAGGAGAAGAUUACAGCUUGGUAUGCAGAGCACAGAGGCAUUGCCAGGUAGGACUAACCCGACGGGGGCUUCUGAAAUCUAUCAUUUAAGGAAAAAUAACAGCUUAGCAGAAGGUGUAAUCCUAGAUUCCUUAGAUCUGUAUCCCAGUUGGAGACACCUCCUCAUCCUUAUUCUCCACCUUUUACUCAGGGAUGAGGCUGAGAUGGAAUACCUGAAAAUUGCUCAGGACCUUGAGAUGUACGGGGUCAGCUACUUUGCCAUCACUGUGAGUAUAAAUAACUUUCUCCUCAUUCUGUCAAACUCUGCCAGUCGUACAGCGACCACAAACGCGCCUGUCACGCUGGUUGACAUGUUCUUUUUACAUGUCUCACGUUGACAGCAAAAUAAGAGGGACACAGACCUGUUGCUCGGAGUCGAUGCUCAGGGCCUUCACAUCUACAGCCCCAACAGCAAACUCAACCCCAACAAAUCCUUUCCCUGGAGUGGCAUUCGCAACAUCUCUUACAGUGAGAAAGAGGUAACAACACAAGCAGUGAACUAUUUUUGGCUGCAUUUACUGUCACUUUGGAAGAAUUUUCCCAAAAUGUUCAGCAACAGCUUCUUUUUUUUAACCUGUUUAAGUGCACUUAAAUUUCAUAACUGUCUUGCUGUCUGAGUUGAAACUGUUGAUGUUCACAUUAAAGGGAUAUUCCGGUGUAAUAUUAAGUUAGGGUCAAACACACUGUAACACAGAGUUAGACACCCCGUCAAGAGAUGAAUGUUGCCGACCGCUUGCUUCUCUAGUUAUACCAACUUUAGUAACAACCGUACGAUAGCAAACAAAACGCCACUCUAUAGCCACAAAUAAUGCUCAGAACAGCACCUAACUUCAUUAACAGUACAUAUAGGGUCCCAGCCACUAAACAUCUUUUUAGCUGUGCCUGAUUUCUUUAGCAAAGAGUCUAAACACAACUCACCUACUCUCUUCCAGCAGCCGCUUGUUUGUAUGGAGACCUCAGGCCAGUCCAUUAUGGACUGCUGCAGGGUGACACAGCUCAAGGAAGAACAUUUAUGAUCAUUUCUUCAUGGAAAUGCAAUCAGACAGAGACGCUAAGGCAGAAGAACUACCAUGUCUGCAGUGCAAAAUGAUUAAUAUGAUGAUUAUUACUUAAAGGAAAUGAUGAAGUAAUGAUUGUAAAUGUUCUUCCUUGAGCUGCUUCACCCCACUGCGGUCGAUGGACUCGCCCAGAGGUCUCUGUACAAACAAGCGGCUGCUGGAAGAGAGUGGGUGAGUUGUGUUUAGUCUCUUUGCUAAAGAAAUCAGGCAAAGUUAAAAAGACGUUUGGUGGCUAGUGCUGCGACUGGGACCAGAUACUGUUGAUGAAGUUAGGUGCUGUUCUGAGCAUUAUUUGUGGCUAUAAAGUGGCGUUUUGUUUGAGCGUGUGGCUCUCUGUAUUGCUGUCGUAUGGUCAUUACUGAAGUUGGUUUAACUAGAGAAGCAAGCGGUCUGCAACAUUCAUCUCUCAAGGGGUGUCUAACUCAGUGUUAAAGUGUGUUUAACCCAACUUAAUUUUACACCGGAAUCUCCCUUUAAGUGCACUUUCAUUUCAUUACUGUCUUGCUGCCUGAAUUGAGACUGCUGAUGUUCUUGUUAAGCCAACACAGAGAUGCUCAUGAAGCCUGAAUUCCCAAAUGAAACUCUUAAACUUGAACCAGCUGUUUGAAAAUGUGCUCGUUUUGUUGUGGAAGAAUUCCCCAAAAGACCCGUCAGAGUACGGAAGAAAAUAACUUUCCUGUGUUUCAGUUCACAAUCAAACCUCUGGACAAGAAGAAAGAUGUUUUCAAGUUCUACUCAUCUCAGCUGCGGGUCAAUAAACUGGUCGGUUUAUCUUUUCGUCGGAGCAAAUGUUCAUCUGUAGCAGUUUUAGGAGAGUCACAUGAAAUAAUUCACUACUGGUUUGUAAUGACCCCUUCUCUAGAUUCUGCAGUUGUGCAUCGGUAACCACGAUCUGUUCAUGAGGAGGAGGAAGGUUGACUCCAUCGAAGUGCAGCAGAUGAAGGCUCAAGCUAAGGAGGAGAAGGCCCGGAAGAAGGUCAGUUUUGCUGGAGCAAUAACAAGAAAGGAUGGACUCUGGAAACAUUGAGGCGCUAAAGUUGUAAUUUGUGGUCGAUCAUCACUGUCUAGAUGGAGCGGCAAAUCUUGGCACGGGAAAAACAGAUGAGGGAGGAAGCUGAACGGGCGAAAGAAGAGAUGGAACGAAGACUCUUCCAGCUGCAGGAUGAGGCUCGACUGGCCAACGAGGCUCUGGUGAGUACUUCAGUUUGAGCAUUAAAGAUUUUGUGAGCUCCUGCUGGGGUGAUAACCUCAAUACUGCACUUGAACGUUAAAUGACAGAAAUGGUUCCAAAUCAUCCCGUGUUAACCAUAAACAAUGUGGUAAUAAGACUUGUUGUCAGCAUAAGCGGACCAGCUUUCUUUUGCUCAAUCUUUUAACUCUCCGAUGAUGCAGUUUUCAACGGUGGAAUGUGUUUGUUGUAGCUGCGAUCUGAGGAGACAGCGGACCUCCUCGCUGAGAAGGCUCAGAUCGCUGAAGAGGAGGCAAAGCUUUUGGCUCACAAAGCCGCUGAAGCCGAGCAGGAGAGGCAGAGAUUAGAGGUCACCGCCAUGAAGUCGAAGGAGGAGAAAAGGCUGAUGGAGCAGAAGAUGAGGGAGGCGGAGCAGCUUGCUGUCAAGCUGGUUGAGCAGUCUGAGAGGAGGUAUGACAAUCUUGGUUUGAUGUUGUAUUUUAGUCUAGUGAAGAGUCUGUUUGUUUGUUUGUUUAUGGAGAAACGCUGGCAUCCAGUUUCUUUCAGUUUCUUCAGAACUCCAAAAAAGUGGUUAACAGCAUUGUCAACAAAAUUUAUAAUUUCACAGUCUUCUCUCUGGUCUAAACUUUGUAAUUUCCCUCUGAAUCGAAGGCUAAAUCAUACCAGAUUAACUGCUCCACAGGAAGCAGAGAGACCAUCAGUUCUGAGUGCCUGUAGUUCUGAAUUAAAAUAAUCAAUGCAUGGCAAAAGGCCAUCAUUUGUAAUCAUUAAGUCGUUUCGGGGGCUCUUUGCAGAAUAAAUGAAAAACACGUAUUCUGCUCUCCUCACCAGCUUCAUUGAAUAUGAAUUAAGCAAUACUUUUGAUGACUUUCACCAGCCUUAAAGUUAUUAAAUCUCUGAUUUCAGACUGAAGGAGGCAGAUCAUCUAAAACAAGACCUGACUGAGGCAAAGGAUGCAGAACGCAGAGCUAAACAGAAGCUGCUGGAGAUCACCAAAACAACAUACCCUGUACGGUGAUGACCACUCCUGACUUAAUGCACACUGACUUUAGUUCAUGUCAUGUAUUUUUGGAGUGUUUGCUGCUCCUUUCUCUUUAGGAGGUCAUUUUAAAUAUCUCUGACAUACAGUCAACAACAUUCCACAUACUAUAAAUUAAGGCCAUCAGUUCUCACUGAUACUUUUGGUCUGAUUUCUAUCAGUCUUUUAUAAAUCUGUUUUUCUCUUGUCCAGCUUAUAGCGGCCUACUCUACACCCCCUGCUCCCCCGGCCCCCCCUGAAGCAAUCGACUGCACCUACGAAUCUACAUCGACGCGCCUAGACUUCAAGGACUCUGACAUGAAAAGACUGUCUAUGGAAAUCGAAAGAGAGAGGUACAUGUCGAGCACGACGACAUACAAAGACAGAGAAGCUCGGCUUGUUAUUGAUAUUUGGUCAUUGCUUCGUACAGGCUGGAGUACAUGGAGAAGAGCAAGCACCUGCAGGACCAGCUGAAGGAGCUGAAGACGGAGAUCGAGUCCCUGAAGUUGGAGGAGCAGCAGCAGCAGGCUGGACUCUACAACCUCCGCAGUGAGGCGAGGGGAUACAUCCCAGAGCCCCCUGUCUACAUACCUCACAGCAAUGUACGCAUGAUCUCAGCACAUUAUCAAUAAAUAUAAGAAGAAGAAAUCUGUUGUUACAUUCUCCCAGAUAAGACGUGGAGUUAUGGUUUUACAGGUUUGUGGGUAAAGGAAAAAGCAGGGUAACAUGAUCUCUGUUUUAGCUCUUCUGUCGUAAACAUAACAGAGUUUAUAAUUCUGGUGCACAUGAAUUUGACAGCAGAUAAAGAUUAACUCCAAAUACACAAAAUUUGAAUGAUUUCAGCCACCUGUGUUUCUCUCUCCGACUGCUCACUUAUUUCUUGUUUUGCAGCGAAACUCGGCGUACAUGUCUCAGAUGGCCUUCUUUGAAGAAGUUUGAAUCUAGUCCUGCGACACGACGAAGGAGGACACAACAAAGGAGGACACGACGAAGGAGGGUGCAACUCAACACUAUCUCAAAAUGUUUGGUUAAUUUGCCGGAGUAAAAGCAAGGGACAGACACAAGGACACACAAUGACAAUGUGCUUCAGAAAAAAAGACUUUGAAUUCAUCCUGAACAGCAAACAGCUACGACUGCUGGUGCGGCUGUCCUGCUUCACCGCAGCACUCGCCACGUUACCGCCUUCAUCCACAUAUUCAUGUUACACUGUCUCAUAGUGUGGUGCCGAGGAUGGUUGUGUGAACUAGUUCUGAUCUGCUGAUGUUUUCUUCUGGUUUUAAGGGAUACUUAGUUUGAAGGUGGUCAGAUACAGACUCAUGCCUUUAUUACAAGUAGUACAUUAAUACCUGAACAGCAUUUUUUUCUCUCCAGUAUUUAAUGAAAAUAUGUCACAAACAGGCAAGUUUUCUACAACGGAUAUAACUCUGUUCUAAAAAUUAAGAAUUUGAAAGGGACUUUGGUUUUAACAAAAAUACCUCAAAGAAAACCAAAUACCAACAUUUCUAAUCAUCUUUUUUUUUAAGGAGAUCGAAACAGACAAAAGAAUCGACACAGAAUAACUUCAGAUUGAAAACGUGUGUUUUGAGAAUUGACUUUGUAAACUCACUCAUUUGAGAGUCAGAGUUGAAACUUAAGGACUCAAUUUGACAAGCGAACACAGGGACAGUGUCUGUGAGCGACACCAUAAAAUGUUCGAUGCAGUGUUGAUCUUGUUUGUAUUUGCUUGUCGCUGUUACUUGUUUCGUGCCUUUAUUGGCGUCAUACCCGUGCCUUUUGUGUUUCUUACGCCUCAUCGUGAUAGUUUUUUUGUUUUUUAGAAAUGUAAACAAACUCUACCAUUUCAACUUUUUGUAUUUUGUGCUCUUGACUGUCCAGUGCCUUACGCUUUAUUGUAUAUUGUCCUGGUAUGAGUUUCUUUGGUUUCAUGUCACAUAAUGUUUUUAUUUUUCCUAGUAUUGGAGUUGAAUUCAUUCUGGGGCAGAUUGAUGUCCAGUCUGGAUCGAUUUUUAAAGUUAUAGAUUGAUGGCUUAGUGUUUUGCUUUUCAUCCUCAGCUCUUUGAACUUCUCAGGGUUGGUCUUGGUGACAAUCAUUGUAACUAGAAUUUCAUUUUGUUUUGUUCUCCUGAGAUUUCAGUUUGUUACCCACCCCUGUUUACUUUGUAAAAGUUGUCUUCCCUUUUGUUUCCAUCCAGUAAUUCGUAUAACAAAGACAGCUUGUCCAUGUAAUUUAACAAAUUGAGAGAUUGGUUUCAUCGAGUAAUCUUGUACUUUUACCACACUCCUUAUUUCAUCCUUAAAAAGGGAGAGACUGAAUGUUCAGCCAGAUAUCCUGCAUGUUUCCAUAUGUAGACCCGCUAAUCAGACUGACGUGAUCAUGAGCUGUAAAGAAACAGUGAAUGGGCCGUAAAUGAGUGAGGGGUUGCUUCUUAAUUUCAUGUUGCCGUGUCAAACUGCCGAGUGUAAAUCUUUAUUUUUUGUUACAAACUCAGCUUACAUGUCUUCUGUUGCAUCUUUAACCUUAUUUAUUUGUGUUAUAAACCCUUGAAUAUCAUCACCAUACAUAUUUGAUUGAGGUUUCAUGCCAAAUUCAGCUGUAGAAACUAGAGCUAUUUUUAAAUCUGAAACACUGUCAUUCCUUAAGGGAUUUCAUCUACUUUGAUAUUUUCAUUUCAUCUUCCUAGUUCUUUUUAAAUGUUACGCAACCGCAAGUUACUUCAUGUUUGUCAUUUCAUUACAGCAAUAAUCAAACAAGACUGAUGUGGUUUUGUCUGAUGUUUGGCAGACUUAUUGAGCUGUUAUUACUCCAAGAAAAAAAAAACAACUUUUGUGUCCUCAUAUGUCAAGUCAGUCAUUUUAACUACAGAGGAAGACACAGAAUCCUCUGUUUGGGUUAGUUUACUCUGAGAACAUUCUUGGAAAUAUGCAAUCUGCAGUUAAAUAUGUAGAAAAUCACAUUAACUUCGUUUAUAUACAAGAUGAUGAGUUUGUGUUAAGCAUGGAUUUCUGCAGAGCACCAUAAUCCCUGCAAUUAUAGAGGCAGUCUGGAUGAGGAUUAAGUAUGCAACAUUUUAUGUAUGGAUAUUUACAUAUUUCACUGUUGAAUCCAGGUGAUUUUCCAUUAAAGUUUGGAAAACAUGACUUCUAUGGAUUUGAGUGAAAGUAUCGAGUAAACUUUGAAGCACAGCAGGCUAUUCCAGGUGUCAAGUAAAAUAAAUAAGUGUAGUAUUGUAGUUGAA